CUGUUGUACUUUUGAAUACACAAAUAUACUCGUGGUUAAAGAAAUGACACAACCAUGUCAACAAGUUAAGUUCAUCUUAGUUGAGCAAUUUUGUGGUCCUCCACAUAUACAUUUGCUAACAGAGAGUCUGGUCUGACUUCCUUUGGCUGCAAACAGCAUGCUUGAAGGACUUCUCUGUGUCACACGACAAGCACACGCCACUUGCAGUUUUGUCACACGAAACAUGUUUCACACUUUUGCCAACGUGAUUGUGAAACCCAAAUGUGCAUGACGAGUUCUGAUGCAUCACAGCAACUUUUUCAUAUUUUCUCCAGCUCGUACAGCGGUGUCAGCUACUACUUUGAGUAAUCACUGGCUCUGAGCAUCAGGACACACUUGAUGUCUGCCUGGUCCUCUGGGAUGAUUGCAAUCAACGGAUGUGGGUCACUUCACCAGAGACUCAACGUGGAUGUCAAAAACAGGCUGGCUGUUGAUCUUUUCUCCGCUUCAGGCAACACUGUGCAUCAGCUCAGGGAUGUUGACCCAGUGGUCCUGGCCAUCCGAGGGGGGGAUGCGGAGGCUGUUAAGAAGCAGGCGGCAUCUUCCCCUCACAGUCUGAUGAGGGAGAACAAAGAAGGCUGGAUCCCUUUGCAUCAUGCAGCCUUCAGCGGACAGCAUGAGUGCUUGAGGACCUUACUGAAUGCACAUCCAGGUUCUGCAGACAAACGCACUCUGCAAGAACAGACAGGCUUGCUGCUCGCUGCGUCUGGUGAUCAUUUGCCGUGUGUGAAGUGUCUUCUGGAGUCUGGAGCUGAUCCUGACAUCAGCAACAAGAACAAAGAAAGCCCUUUGUACACAGCCUGCAGGUUGGACAACGUGGACAUGGUGUGCCUCAUCCUCUCGUUCGGGGCCUCCGUGAACCAGAGGUGUCCUCAGGGAUGGACAGCCCUUCACCAGGCCGUAUCCAGGAACAACACAGCGACGUGUGACAUUCUCAUCGGAGCCGGGGCCACUAUAAACCCCUCCAACACCUACAGCAUUACGCCACUCAUUGUAGCAGCUCGGCUGGGACGCUUGAAAGCACUGAAUUACCUCAUUGGAAAAGGUGCUGAUGUGAACAUGCAGACUUGCGAAGGUAUCACGGCGCUGCAUGAGGCCAGUAAAAAUGGCCACAAGGAAAUUGCGGCAGUGUUGUUGUCCACAAAUGCAGACGCAAAUAAGACGACUGACUCAGGAUUACUCCCUCUGCAUGUUGCAGCUCAACAUGGACACCAAGAGGUGGUGCGCCUGCUCGUCCCUGUGACGAGUCGCACCAGGCUUCGGCACAGCGGGAUCAGCCCUCUGCACCUGGCAGCUGAGCACAACAGGCCGCAAGUGGCAGCUGUGCUCCUCAAGACAGGUGCAGAUGUCAACGCCACACUGGCCCCCGCGCGCUCGGCACGCUACGCCGAUGGACGCACGACAGCCCUCGGCUUCGCCGUCGCCAACGGCUCCACGGAGACCGCCGCGGUGCUCCUGAACGCCGGCGCCGCCACAGGCCUGGACCCCGUCAGUCCUCUGUUGCUGGCCGUGCAGAGGGGCAGCGUGGCCACUGUGUCACUGCUGCUGCAGAGGGGAGCUGACGUCAACGCUAGAAUGCCGUCCUGGGCUACGACGUUCCCUCCCGUUGUUGCUCUCUGCAUGGAUAACCUGCCUCUACUCAAGUGUCUUCUGGAUAACGGCUGUGAUGCCCUUUCCUGCUUCUCCUGCCCAUAUGGUGGAGGUCCUCAUCCAGAACAAUCCCAUAUUAGAAAUAUUGGCGACCUGUCUUCCUUAAACUCCAGUGGGCCAGCACAUGAAGUAACACAGUUCUGUGAAUGGAUUUCAUCAUCAUUCAUGAGGAAAUGGGCCGGACCCAUCGUAGACUUGCUGCUGGAGCACGUCGCUCAUGUUCAACUGUGCAGCAAACUCACUCAACUGCUUGAGAGCCGCCACGAAUGGGUCGCUGUGAAGAGGAAGUCGUAUAUGGUAUCAUUAAGGCGGCACGGUGACCGACUGGUUAGAGCGUCUGCCUCACAGACAGAGGACCGGGGUUCAAUCCCCGGUCCCGCCUGUGUGGAGUUUGCAUGUUCUCCCCGUGCCUGCGUGGGUUUUCUCCGGGCACUCCAGUUUCCUCCCGCAUCCCAAAAACAUGCAUGUGUCACCUCGUCCACUACGUCAUCUUUGCAGACUGAAUGUUCGCAGCCACGUGGGCCCGCACAGACUGAGAUCCCUCUCAAGUUUACCUCUACCAGGACGACUGAUCGCAUACCUCACUGCGAUGGACUGAUGACAUUAAGAUGACUUCACUUGGCAUCUCAGUCAUUAAGUACAUUUAUAUUUGUCUGUGUCUUUUUGAAAACCUAAUAUAUCUCAUCUGUAUGAUAUGUAUAUUUAUAAACCCUGUGAUGUGGCUUUCUCUCCUUAUGAUUUGAUUUAUUAUGUUAUUCUGAUUUCACAGGAACCCUCAGUGAAGGGUAAAAAUUAACUUAAGCCCACAGGACCUCUUGUGGGAAUUGUUUAUUUAAGAAAUGAAAGCUGCUGUAUCAAACAUUACUGUGACUAAGAAAAUCAAUUCUACUCCUCGCAUUUCUAUUCUCAUAGAUUAAAGAGACCUUGAAUAUG